AUGUUAACUGCUAAGUCACAGUCUGAUUUGGUUGCGUUCGACUGUUUUGAUUUUGGCAAACUCUCAAGGGUUAUCUACCUAAGCGGAUUUUUGCCCUUGUGGAAAGCUGUCGAAGAAACACGGGCUCGUACUCAUGGUCAUGUCUUUACGGCCUAUAUGAAUCAAUCUGAGGACCGCUGUGAGGAAUUUUAUCAAUACUCUUGUGGUGGCUGGCAGAAUGAACAUCGCUAUCUGGAAGGCAAAUACCGUGUUUCUGUCUUAUCCAAUCUUACCCAUAACCACUACAUGCAACUCAAAUCUAUCUUAGAAAUCGAAGAAGAUGAGAACGACGCUGACUAUAUUAAAAAGUUAAAAAGACUUUAUACUACCUGCAGUGACACAAAAACCCUCGACGAACAGGGAGGUGAACCUAUGGUAGACAUGAUUAGUCGUUGGAAUUGGCCGAUAUCGUCGGGCAAGAACUGGUCUAAACUCUCUUUUAACUGGCGUUACAAUCUCAUUGAUUUCCGUGGUCUGGGAUAUAGCCACGAUAUUCUGUUCAAUUUGUCUGUUACGGAAAACCCCCUAAACACUUCGGCUUACAUCAUAAAGCUGGAUCGCCCAUCGUUUGCAUUAAAUUAUUCCAAUAUUCGUAGCUAUUUGACACCCGGCACUUCUGAGUACUACAAAGACCCUCGCUCAUCCUACCGAUUAUUCAUCGAUAGAGUAAUUGGCUAUUGUGAACAAGAGUAUAAAGCCACUUACCCAACUCACACGUGGAAUUUUGACAAUUCUGAAGUGAGAAACGAUUUGAGAGAUAUGAUCAAUUUUGAAAUCGAGCUUGCCAAUGUCAGCUGGCCUUCUUGGAUCAAUUCGAUACUCAACCCGAUUCAAGUCGAUGAAAAUGAACCCUUUAUUAUUAAUAAUUUAGAAUUCCUGAAAGAGGUUAUAAAUUUGACCGAGAAGACGGACGCAAGAACGGUGGCAAACUAUAUGAUAUGGAGAGUUAUUCAUCAAUCAUUGCCGUUAUUGACGUGUCAUGCAAGAAUCCUCGAUUAUAAAAAAAAUUCUCUGAUGUGGUGGGAACCCCCUUUUCAGCAUAACUGUUACAAGGCUAACCAAGAUCGCUGGAAAUUUUGCGUUUCUCUCCUUAGUCGUACCAUGAGAAUGGCCGUCAGAUCCUAUUACAUGCAACAUUAUCUUGCAGAAGAAAGCAGGAAAGCGGUACUGAAUAUGACGGAAUACAUUCGAGCAGGAUUCAUAAAUGUGCUAUCAAAUUCUACUUGGAUGGAUGCACAUACUAAGAGAAAAGCAAUAGAAAAGGUCCGAGAUGUACGUUUCCAUAUUGCCUAUAGGAGAGAACUUUUGAACGAAUCUUACAUCAAUGGCUUAUAUAAAAAGUUCUUCUUCCAGUUAAAUUUUCAGAAGACAGACAAUCAUUUGACUAAUGUACUGAAAAUUCGCAAGUGGUUAACUGAUAAAAGCUUAUCUCUGCUUCGAAGUCCUAAGAAAACAGAUAACUUCGUAAAUUUCGGAGCCCUAGGUUCCCUGAUUGCCCGUAAGCUUGCACGUGCAUUCGUUGGAAAAGGUCGCAGGUUUGAUAGAAAGGGUAAUUAUGUAAAAUGGUGGAACAGACAUGCUAGCAGAAAAUAUAGAGAAAAGUCUGGGUGUAUCAUAGAACGAUACAAGAACUACGCAAUGAAAGCUGGUGCAUUCACACCUAAGAUUAAACCUAAACUUUUAGUUGACGGUACUGCUGAUACUAUAGGUCUGAAAGCAGCUUAUUGG